AUGCCUCCGAAACGAACUCUUACACAAGAGGAGAAAAAUGCAAAAGCUCAAAAACAACGAGAACGAAGAAAAAACGAAUCUCCUGCCGUUAAAGAGAAACGAUUGGCGGAACGACGAGAAUAUGAGAAGCAUAAACGUGAAAAAAGACGGCGACUGAAUCCUGCGGAACCUGACAGAAGAGCUGCGCAAGCUGACUUUGUGCCACCGGUCCAGGAAGGAGAAGGAAGAGCCCUUUUGGCUAACAGUCACCCACAUGCAACAAACUUUAUGAAGAAAAUACGGAACUACAAUUGUGCACUUGCGUUUGCCUCGAUCCAUGCCAAAGUUACUACUCCGCCUGGUAAGGGACCAUAUUGCUGUCGUAUCCAUGGAAUGAUGUACCACACGACGAGCUCUGUUGGUCAAGAUUCACAGACCCCACGAUAUGCUGAUCUUUACUUCAUGGAUUCGGCUCAGGCGACAAACAUCCGACUGCACAACGAGGCAAAUUCAGGCUGCGAGCGAUGGGUGAUGAUUGCAUUGGACACUAUGCUUCGCGAAGUAAAUCCGUACGCGCAUUUGUACAAAUUGAUGCGCCAACUCUUUGAAGAAGAACAGCGGAAUGCCGUAGCUGAGAAUAGAGAACAAUUUGCUGUUGCAAUGCUAAUUCACAAGUACAAAAGCCAAGAUCAAAGGCGAUACAAUAAUCCAACAAAUAAUGAGAUUGGUGUCGUUUUCAAAAGCGUUGAUGGAGCUCCUCCUUCAGAUCGAGACAUUUGCGGCCAUCUUCUGAUUCCGACAGGAGGACGGAGAUUCAUCCAAAUUGACCCAAACAAAUCAAUGUGCGACCCGAUGAGCUAUCCCUUGCUCUUUCCAAACGGUGACAGUGGAUGGAACCCAAACAUACUUUACAGAACGAAUGAUGAACGGGGGGAAGCAGAAGGAGAAGGCGACGAAGAAGAAGAUCCAGAUGUGGUAUCCAAUGAAAGGGGACCAGGUGGUGAAACUGCAACAGAGGAGGCUGAGGAUCAAGAAUUUGAUUUUGAAGAAACAGUUGGUGAUCCCGAAGAACAAAGCAUAAGCAGAAGACGUGGCAAAAGGACAAGAGUCACGCAAUGUGAUUAUUACCUCUACCGGAUGUCUAUUCGGGGCAAUUUUAACAUCAUCCUUUAUUCUGGGCAGCAUUUCCAGCAUUAUUUGACGUAUUCCUUCAUUAAGACGGAAGGAAACCGACUUAGAUAUCUACAAGAACAUCAGGCCGAUCUACAGGUAGCCAAAUACAACGGCCUGAUGGACUUUUUAAACAACAGAGCGGAAAGAGAAAAUCUUACCGUAGGAAUGACCUACAUUCUGCCAUCAAAUUUCAUAGGAAGUCCUAGGUUCAUGCAGCAAGCAUAUCAGGACUCAAUGGCCAUCUGCGCGAAAUUUGGAAAACCGACCUUCUUUGUAACAUUUACGUGUAACCCGAAGUGGCCAGAAAUCACAAACAGCAUCCCUUGGUACCACUCUGCUUCGGAAAGACCUGAUGUCGUAGCAAGAGUUUAUAACUUGAAGAAAAAUGAGAUAGUCGAAGACAUUCAAAAACGUCAAAUUUUCGGCGCAGUUACUGCAAGAACUCACGUUAUCGAAUUUCAGAAGCGUGGACUCCCUCACUGCCAUAUGCUCAUCUGGAUCGACGAACCCGACAUACCCAGAACAUCAGCCGACAUCGACCGAACUAGGCCUAUUUGUGCAGAAAUUCCUGAUAAGGAAAACCCACCCAAGAAUUUAUGA